UAACUUAAUAAUAAACAAACAUGGAACCUGGAACAAGUUCAUGUGUUCAGGGAAUUUCUGUCAGGAGGAAGUUCUUAAUAAAGGACACGCCCUGAAGUCUAUGAAACUCUCCUUCUGCAUUUAACACAGCUCAUUUGGUUUUGUGAUGAAGCUCUUUACUCAUUUCUUAUUUACCAAAGAUCAGUUAUGAAAUGACCAUAUCAGUGAAACGUUUGACUGUAUGAUUCAGUCCCACUAGAUGUUACAGUGGACAGUACUGAAGCUUCCAGAGGCUGAGCAGAAAAUUCACUACUCACAGCGAGCUAUCAUGACAGAUUUGAGAAAUCCCUAUAAUGAUCGCUCCAGCCAGUCAUCUGGAUCAUCAUCAACUACAUCACAGACAUUCAGCGUAGAUGAGACUAAAGACAAAAAACCUCAAUCACCACAUCGUAAAUAUCCAACAAUCAGUCCAAGAAAUAUGCUGCAAAAACUGGAAAUAGCUGAGAAAAAUUUACGAACAAAAUGUCCUGACGAACCUAAAGAAAAAGACAUUAAAAAGCCAGAGGAAGAGGACAAAAACAAAAAUGUUUAUGUGGUUUCCAGAGAGUUUGUAGACAUAUUGUCUAAUGCCACAGAGAGCACAGAAGAUUCAGACUCUCUUGGCUCAGAAUUACAAGAAAUAAUUGACUCUCCAGCUUCAGAGAAAACAAACAAACUGAAAAGUAAACUUAAGGAGUUAGAGAAUGUUACACUUAACAUUGCUAUAACCGGGAUGACAGGGGCAGGGAAGUCUUCCUUCGUCAAUGCCCUCAGAGGCCUUCCUAAUGAUGAUAAGAACGCAGCGCCCACAGGAACAACUGAGACUACUAUGGAGCCCAACAUGUAUCCACAUCCCUCCAUGCCAAAUGUGAAGAUCUGGGACCUGCCUGGAAUUGGCAGUCCAAAAUUUAGAGCAAAGAAGUACCUGAAAGAUGUCAGUUUCCACAGGUAUGACUUCUUUCUCAUAGUGACCUCUGAAAGAUUUAAGGAGAACGACAUCGAGCUGGCCAGAGCGAUCAUGAUGAGUAAGAAGCUAUUUUAUUUCAUUCGGACUAAAAUUGAUAACGACAUUCAUGCUGAAUCACACAAAAGAAACUUUGAUGAGCGGAUAUUGCUCGAAAACAUCAGAGAGGAUUGUAAGGCGAACCUAUUGAGAGUCGGAAUACCCAAAAUAUUCCUAGUCUCUUCAUUUAAUUUAGAAAAAUAUGACUUUCAGAAGCUGAUCAACACCCUCGAAGAUGAACUUCCAGAGAACAAGAAAUUUGCUCUCAUUCAGUCUCUGCCCGUUUAUUCGCUAGAGGCCCUCACAAAGAAGAAAACAUACUACAAGAAAAUAAUUUGGCUAAAUGCAUUUGCAGCCGGGAUCAGGGCGAUAGCUCCCAUCCCGGGAUUGUCACUGGCCUGUGAUUAUGGCAUCAUGAAGAAGUUCUUUCAGCAAGUCUACACAGGCUUCGGCUUAUCAAAUGAGGCUCUAGAGGCGCUAUCAGACAGAGUGAACAAACCGGUGGAGCAGCUAAAAGCCGCUAAGACAUCACGCUUCAAAGAGGGGGCCACUGAGGAUAUUGUAAUUGAUAUGCUUUCUAAACCAAUGAUAGCUAUAGCUAAGACGCUGGGGACCGUAAUAUCUCUGCUGCCAGGAGGAGCUCUACCAGCAGGAGGAACGGCCGUUGCUUCUGUGCACUACCUGCUUAACAUGGGGCUCAAUGAGAUGGCAGAAGACACCAAAUGUGUUCUCUCUGUGUCCCAACUUGCUUAAUAGGCAGAAAAAGGAACUGUUGUUGCAGAAAACAUGUCUUGUAGUACUAAAAAAUAAAUAGAUGAAAUAAUCAUACUAAUUGUAAUUAUGAUUCAAAUAAAAUACUGAAACCUGAUCAUUAAUGUGUAUUUGAAAUUAAAACAGUUUGCUUUACCAGUGUAAAAUACGCUUACUAACUUUGCCAGUUUCAUUCAUUUGUAUCUGUGUAUAUAACUGUGUACUGUAUAUAGUGUACUGUAUACUGUAUAUGCUGGACGAGCAAUGACAAAAAUAUUUAAUGAUUAAAUGAUUGAUUUAUUUUAUUUAUUCUAUUUGUAUUUUUUACUGUGUGAGAUUAAGUUAAUUUGAAGACUUUUCUCAUUGGUUUACAACAUUAUCAGAUAUCUAAAAAAAAUAAUAAAAUGAUUUAAGACAAAUAUAAUUUAAAAAAAAAAAAAACCAGCAACUAAUAUUCCGGGGAAUUCAAAAUCUACAAGCCCUGCAAAAAAUUAUUACUGCUAUACAUCUGUUUUUCACACUUCAUUACAUACAUACAUAUAUUAUAUAUCAUCUCUAUGUAAUGACAAA